UGGAUACCUUGUACAAGUGAAGUUGUAUACAUAUACGACUGUGCUCCUUAAAAUGUUGAGUUUCCUGAUCCUGAUCAGUACGGCGUUCACGAUGCAUGUAUUUCAUUGCCGAUAAGGAGAAUCCGAAAAAAUGCGUCGUUUAUAACCUAUGGGGAGGGAAUUAUAAUCCUCCGACAGUUUGGUGAUUAUUAUCAAGACAAGACACGUAUUGUCAACGUAAAUCGUUACGUCUGAAUUAAUUUUGACAAUGGCCGUGCCUCCUUCCUUCGGAGUUGGUGACAUCGUGCAUUUGAAUGUCGGUGGAACAAGGUUUUCAACAUCAAAACAAACGCUAACAUGGGUCCCAGAUUCAUUUUUUACUACAUUACUAAGCAACCGAAUUGCCAGUCACAGAGAUGAAGAUGGAGCAUUGUUUAUAGAUAGAGAUCCAAAACUAUUUUCCAUUAUACUAAAUUAUUUACGCACUAAAGACAUUGAUUUAAAAAGUGUAGACCUUCGUACAUUGAGACACGAAGCUGAGUAUUAUGGUAUAAUACCAUUAGUUAAGAGGCUAAUGUUAUGCGAGGAUUUGACUCAGUCCUCUUGUGGGAAUGUGUUAUUUUAUGGUUAUUUACCACCUCCAAGUAUACCAUUACAAGAACCAACUACUGUGCAACCAAAUGUAGGAGAUGUGUCUGUUCAUGGUAGGGCACCUAGCACUACUACCAAUCCCAAAGUAGAUGCGCCAUCAACUUCUCAAAGUGCAGCUUCAACAAGUUCUAAUGCUACCCAAAAUAAUAACGGGCAACAAAACCAUAAAGGAGUGCUUGGAACACAUGUGAGGAACUCUUCAUUGGAUUAUAGAAUCCAGCAAAGAGGCUUGCCAUACUCACGGACGUCACCUCUAGAUUUACGGCAUGUUAGGAAUAAUUCAGCAGACUUAAAUAAAUUACAUAAAAACGACAUAAGUUUAGUAUUUGGACCGCAGCAAGUUUCAUCGUGGGUCGAUCCUUUGAGGGUUCAAAUCAUAAAGGCUCAUCACAAUUGGAUCGUGAUUGCUUACGCGCAUUUUAUAACGUGUUACCGACUGAAAGACUCAUCUGGAUGGCAGCAUGCAUUCACUAGUCCCCAUAUUGAGUCAGUGAUUGAAAGGGUAGCAAUAACGUCAAAAUUAAACACUAGUGUAGAUGCCAAUAUGGUUGCUUUUUCUUAUGGAAAUCAAGUAACAUUAUGGAAUGUUUCUGCAAAUGGGAUAAACAUUAACAUCGGUACAUUUAACUUGAAUGUUCGUAUAGAAUAUUUAUUUUUUAUUGGGAGUCAGUUAGUUGCGCUGUCUUCUACCGAUAAGAUCGGUGUAUGGCAUGCUAUGACACACCAUUGGCAAAUACAAGACGUCGUACCUAUUUUAUCAUUUGACACGGCUGGUUCUUUUCUUCUCCUGGGAUGCAAUAAUGGAUCGAUAUAUUAUAUUGAUAUGGAAAAGUUCCCUUUACGAAUGAAGGACAACGAUCUACUCGUAACCGAAUUGUAUCGUGAUCCGAAUUACGAUCCUAUUACAGCCAUAUCAGUUUAUUUAACGCCGAAAACAUCACUGUGUGGCAAUUGGAUUGAAAUUGCAUAUGGUACUAAAUCUGGUAGUGUGAGGGUCAUCGUACAACAUCCGGAAACUGUUGGACAUGGACCACAAUUAUUCCAAACAUUUACAGUACAUCAGAGCAGCGUCACGAAAGUGACAUUGUCAGAAAAAUAUUUGGUGUCAGUUUGCUCUGAAUAUAAUCAUGUUAGAAGUUGGGCAGUAAAGAGAUUCCGUGGAAUGAUUUCUACUCAACCUGGAUCAACGCCUGAAGCUAGUUUUAAGAUUGUAUCUUUAGAAGCAAUCGAGCCUUGUAUCAGUUAUACUGCUGGCAAUGACUUUGGUCCGUUCGGAGAGCAGGAUGAUGAACAAGUAUUUGUUCAAAAAGUUGUACCUGAGACUGACCAGCUGUUCGUACGACUAGCAUCGAAUGGAAAAAGAGUAUGCGUAAUCAAAUCAGUGGAUGGUAGUAUUAUUAGUUCAUUUUACGUACAUGAAUGUGAAGGGUCCAGCCGUAUGGGCUCGAGACCGCGACGUUUUAUAUUUACUGGACACUCGAAUGGUACUAUACAAAUGUGGGACCUUACAACAGCCUUGGAGCCAUCGUUUUCUUCUACACAAAAUGUUUCUGGCGGACCUACACCCGAAGAACUUUGGAAACUGUUAGAUCAGUGCGAUUUAAGUAACAGUUACUCAUCUACACCAUGCAUCAGCCCGUGUCCCUCAGUUAUAUCUUCAGGCCCGAGUAUAAAAACAAGUAAUGUAUUGUUUCUUAAUCAAUCACAAAGCUCUGAGGCUACUCCUGGAUCUAGCCAAUCAUGA